AUCUCCAGGGGCCUGUGGAAGAAGUACGGGGACAAGCGGGUGAUCGACACCCCGAUAUCAGAGAUGGGCUUCACGGGAAUCGCGGUCGGUGCCGCUAUGGCAGGGUUGAGACCAGUGUGUGAAUUCAUGACGUUCAACUUCUCCAUGCAAGCGAUCGAUCAGGUCAUAAACUCGGCUGCCAAGACCUGUUACAUGUCUGCGGGAUCCAUCGCUGUUCCCAUCGUCUUCCGCGGCCCCAACGGGGCAUCAGCCGGAGUCGCGGCGCAGCACUCGCAGUGCUUCGCCGCUUGGUACGGGCACUGCCCAGGCCUGAAGGUUGUCAGUCCUUGGAGCUCGGAAGAUGCCAAAGGCCUGCUGAAGGCGUCGAUCCGCGAUGACAAUCCAGUUGUGAUGCUGGAAAACGAAUUGCUGUAUGGUGUUCCCUUUGAAAUGUCUGAACAGGCGCAGUCGAAGGAUUUUGUCAUCCCGAUUGGAAAAGCUAAGGUAGAAAGGCAAGGAACUCACGUUACGUUAGUGUCACACUCGAGACCCGUUGGACACUGUCUGGAAGCAGCUGCUGUACUUGCCAAAGAAGGUGUAGAGUGUGAGGUUAUAAAUCUGCGUAGCAUCCGGCCGAUGGAUGUGGAGACGGUGGAAGCCAGCGUUGUGAAGACAAACCAUCUCGUGACUGUGGAAGGAGGGUGGCCGCAGUUCGGCGUGGGAGCGGAAAUCUGUGCCAGGAUCAUGGAAGGGUCUGCCUUCAACUACCUGGACGCUCCGGCCGUGCGUGUCACCGGCGCAGACGUCCCUAUGCCUUACGCCAAGAUUCUGGAAGAUAACUGCAUACCUCAGGUGAAGGAUAUCAUCUUCGCAGUGAAGAAAACUUUGAAUAUCUAAGUUGUAAAUACACGUUUUAAAGCCCUGCUUUACAGAGUAUUUAAUGGUGGAGGGCGAGGCGUACGUGUACUUCUGUUGUGUAGCGUCGUGAACGGUUGUGCAGUGGGGAAGGUGCA